UUCAGUUAACGGACACAACGAAUAGUUGAAGAACGACUUGGACAGAAGCAGGCUACUUAUCAAACACUGUGUCACGUACACAGAAUAGUGCUUUAGUCCAUUUGAAGAAAAAGUGAAUGGGCCACGUUCGAAAAAUAAAAAAUGUAUUCUAAGCAGGCUGACAACUCUAGGAGUGCUGCAGCGGCUACCAACCGAUUGGCACUAGGGCGCAAUAUUGAGGAGUUCAGUCCAACCGAGCAAGUUGAAACACCAGUAAUUAGGGGCGAAACUCCAAUUGUCAAAAGAAAGCCAGGAUGUGAUGGGAGUAACGGUAAGCUUUUUCGAGCUUGCAUUCAAAGCGAAGAUGGAACGGCCGGUCGUCAAUAUGUGUACCUUACCGGCAAUCUAGGAGGAAAACCAAAAAGCUCCACAGAUCCGAAAAAGAGGGAAAUUUUUGAAGGGUUCUACAACUACGAUGUUCCAGUAGCCAUCGUAAAGACAAUGCUGGUCCCCGGCAAACAGACGAAGAAAGAAAUGGAACGGGAGUUUCGAAUAUUGAAAGAACUCGAAGUCCACGAAAAUUUUAUCCGCUAUUACUCUCAAGAAAUAGAUAUGAACUUUGUGUACCUUGCCACAGAACUAUGUCUGUGUUCUGUGGCAGAUCUUUUGGAUCGAGAGCUCGGAAAUAAAUUCUACAUGAAUGCGGAUAUUCUGUUGAAAUUGCCAGAGAAAGAAAUCCUGCGACAGGCAACGAGAGGGCUCAAUUACUUGCAUGAUAACAACUUCAUCCACCGAAACAUCAAGCCAAAUAACUUUCUUAUUAAGAAAUUGGAUUCGUCCGUGAAAACGGACACGGACACAAACCGCACAUGCCGAUUUGUGGUUAAAAUAACCGAUUUUCGUCUGGCCAGAAAGUAUGACCCUGAGAACGAUUUAAAGCUAUCGGGAUCUGCUGCAUCAGAAGGAUGGGAAGCACCGGAAAGCAAGAAUACGACAAAAGAUCUUAGCAAAAAAUUGGAUGUCUUCAUUCUCGGCUGUUUCUAUCACUAUGUCCUAACCGCACGGACGGGCAACAAAACACCCAAACAUCCAUUCGGCGACAAUGACACUCAGCGUCGGGCCAACAUGCAAGUUCGAAACUAUUCAGACUACAAAAAGCACUAUAAGUUCGUUCUCAGUGAAACUAAGGAAGAAAAAAAAAUGAACGAAGACUUGGUAAAGCUUAUAGAGUCGAUGUUGAAUUUUGAAGAGAGCGCACGUCCAACGUUACAAGAAAUCCUUGACAAACCUUAUUACAACCCUUCCAUUGAUGAUAGUUAUGCGAUAUACGAUUAUAAGAUACGUGGCCAUUGUGUUAUCUUUAACCAGCAGGUUUUUGAAGAAAAAAAACAGAACCGCGGAGGGAGCGACAAGGACCGAGAUGCGUUACAGGAUACGUUUAAAAAAUGGGGUUUCGAAACCGAAGUUUUUAAUAAUGUUGCAUCCGUUAAUUUGAAAACCCAAAUCAGUAAUCUGGCCAAAAGAAAUUGGAAGGAUUAUGGUUGCCUUGUUGUGUGUCUUUUGUCUCAUGGAGUCGAAAACGCAAUCCUAUGCUCCGAUGGUCGAUUCGUUAAUAUUAAUGAACUCAAGUACGAGUUCUCUUUAAAUAAUUGCCCCAGUCUAUGCGGCAAACCGAAAAUUUUCAUCGUCCAGGCUUGUCAGGUGCCACUAAAUGAAACGGACUGGCUUUCCCACAUUCGCGAUACUUUUUCAUUUGCUUUCGGUAAAUGGCAAUCACCUUCCACAGUCCGAACGCCAAAAGCGGAAAUUAACACCAACCUUGAAAUCAAAAUAAGACAAGACGUUCUGAAGUAUCCUCCACUAAUGGAUUUCAUAACUAUCAAAGCAGCUCUGGCCGGCUUCGAAUCCUAUCGGUUAUUCCAAGAAAAGGCUAAUAAUCCUGCUGAAAUAACGCAUCUGGGUAGUUCUUUUAUCCUUGCUCUCUGUAAGGUUUUGUCAGAAGAAUAUUUGGACGAAAAUUCCUCUUGUGAUCUAGAAGAUUUACUUAGACGACGUGUUCAGGGAGAAAUCAAUGAAUUGUCAAAACAAGUAGAGGUGUGGCAAACCAUGCAAUGGGAAACAUGUCUGAGUAAAUACCUUCGAUUUCGCAAACGUAAAGCCUAAAACGUUGACAAUAUACGUAGUAAGACCGACAGAAAGGACGAUAAGCAUUUCAUCCCAAAGCACUAGCGUUUCUUUAACUUGAAGGUUCAUUUUGAAUUUGGUAUGUUAUGCCCAGCAGUAAAACAAUAGGAGAUCCAAGUUGCUGUUGGUUAAUCCUGUCUGUUUAAAAUGUACGACUAGAAAAUUGUCAUCUGUAACAUCUCUUGCCAAUACAUUGGAUACCUUCAGUCAAA